AUGGCUCGUUCGAACCAGACAGCUCGUAAGGCAACAGGAGGUAAGGCUCCACACUUCGCCAUGAGAGUAUGGCAACACUCAACUCCGCCGCUUAAGAAACCAUAUAGAUACAAGCCAGGAACAGUGGCACUCAGGGAGAUCAGGAAGUACCAGAAGACCACAGACUUAGUUAUAAGAAAACUCCCUUUCCAAAGACUGGUGAAAGAGAUAGCUCAGAGUCUCAAGGCAGAUCUAAGGUUCCAGACCGGUGCUGUUUCCGCUCUUCAAGAAGCCGCUGAAGCUUUUAUGGUUGGAAUGUUUGAGGACACCAAUUUGUGUGCCAUGCAUGCCAAAAGAUCAACUAUCAUGCCUAAGGAUAUCCAGCUCGCUAAAAGGCUUCGAGGCGAUAGGGUUUGA